AGCAAAGCCCUCCCCCCUGCUCCCUCCCCCGCAGGGCCGCCCACGGGCCCAGCAGCUGAGGCCGAUGUGGGGUCCCUGAUGCGGCCGGAGGGCGCCCUUCCACGGGGCCCCGCCCCGCCCCGCCCCCGCCUCUCUUUGCUCACCUGCGUCAGGGGGCUGCCGAGCUCCCCGCUGCGGCUCCUCUUCCUCAGGACCCGGAUGGGCCGAGGGCUUGGGGAGCUCUCCGGGCCUUUAUGGCGCUGAGGAUAGUGUCGCUCAUUAAUCCGCUGUCUGCCGCCCCCAAGGCGAAGAGGGGCUCAGCGGACAGGCCAGGCCCCCAGACUGCGGCUCCUUGUUUUAGUUUGCUGCUUCUGUUUAAAUAAGCCCUGACGUCGUCUUGGAGUCAGUCCUGGGUAUUGGCCCCAAGGCAGAAGAGAGGUCAGGGCUAGGCCAGGGGGGUCAAGUGACUGGCCCAGGGUCACCCAGCUGGGAAGGGUCUGAGGCCGGAUUGGAACCCAGGACCUCCCGUCUCCAGGCCUGGCUCUCCGUCCACCAAGCCCCCGAGCUGCCCCCUUCUACAGUUAUUUUAAACGAGAUUUCUCUGUCAGUUUUUGCCAUUGGACAUUCUUUUUAGUCUGAAGAAAUGCUGCUGAUUCACAGGGGCUCGUUUUAUGACCUGCAGCUCUGCUAAGGCGUGGAUGGCUUCAAUUCGGUUUUUGAGUUUUCCUCCUGUCUGUCCCAGCAUCUGCCAGGAGGGGGCGCUUUGUCUGCUCCCUGCGUACUCUGAUACCUUCCCCGGCUUCUCUCACUGCCACCACACCAGCGUUUCUAUCGCUAUAUUAAAUGAGGAGGGACAGGGAUGAGGCGCCACCCCGGCUUUCCUCCUGAUCCUACUGGGAAGGCUUCUAACUGGGCCCCAGUGCAGGGGAGCCUGCUGAUGGCUUCCGGGAAAUGCUUUCUAUCACUUUAAGGAGCGUCCCCGUGAUUCCAGUGUGCUGGGGCUGGUCUGUUACCGGAAGGGCCCCUGCCUGGUCCGCAGCUUUUCCUUCAUCUAUUGAGGUGAUCACUCGGGCUUGGUUACUGAUAGGGUCAACCAGGGGCUCUCUUUCUUUCUUCCUCCCUUCCUUCAUUUCUUUCUUUCUUUCUGCCUUUCUUUCUUUCCUUCUUUCCUCCCUCCUUUCCCAACUUCCUUCCUCCUUUCCCUCCCUCCUUCCUUCCCUCCAUCCCUCCUUCCUUCCCUCCAUCCCUCCAUCCCUCCUUCCUUCUUUCCCUCCUUCCUUCUUUCCCUCCUUCCUUCCUUCCCUCCAUCCCUCCUUCCUUCCCUCCAUCCCUCCUUCCCUCCUUCCUUCCUUCUUUCCCUCCUUCCUUCUUUCUCUCCUUCCUUCCUUCCAUCCUUCCUUCCCUCCAUCCCUCCUUCCCUCCUUCCUUCCUUUCUUCCUUCCUUCCCUCCUUUCCUCCUUCCUUCUUUCCCUCCUUCCCUCCCUCCUUCCUUCUUUCCCUCCUUCCUUCCUUCCCUCCUUCCUUCCCUCCAUCCCUCCUUCCUUCCCUCCUUCCUUCCCUCCAUCCCUCCUUCCAUCCAUCCCUCCUUCCCUCCUUCCUUCCCUCCAUCCCUCCUUCCUUCCCUCUCUCCUUCCUUCUUUCCCUCCUUCCCUCCCUUCUUUUUCUUUCUUUCCUUUGGAAAUAAAAAGGCUUGAUUUAUCAUUUCAUUGGUUUGGGAAAACAUUAAUCAUGCAGUCUGAACAUAAAAGUAUCAGGUCUUUUUUUUCUCAGAGUCCAUCCAUCCCACAUUUACCAGCACGUCCCUGAUUUGAGUGGUCCCAAAGAGAAAGGGUGGCCUCAGGAAGCAGUGGACUCCCCUUUUGUUGAUGGUCUUCAGUAGAGGUUACAUAAUCACUCGUGGGAGACGCUGUCACCCUCCCUGAUGAGGAAUGGGCUGGCCUACUUGGGUAUUGGUGUUCUGUCAUUCUGGGGUUUUCGAGGUCCCUCCUAGGCUUGAGGUUCUCUGGUUCUUGAAGGCAAGAGCACUCAACAUCUAUUUCUGUGCUCUAGCAAGGAAGGGAAUAGAGAGUUCAUCAGUCUCACGUCUGCACCAAGAGCAACAUUUCAUGGAAGCCAAGAGGCAAAAAAAAAAAAGUUGGGAACAAAACAUAUAUGGCUACUACAGACAGCUCCACUACCAAGAGCUCACUGUCAUCAGGUUGCGCCAUUUUGGUCUCCCGUGGCCUCUUCUCAGCUAAGCUCUAUCGGCAUCAUGGGACCUUGGACUUGGAGAGAGAACGGUUCUUAGAGAUGGUUUUGUCCAAUACCAUCAUUUUGCAGUGGAGCCCCCGAGAGAGAAGGUACCUCAGCCCCGGCCACACAGAGGCAUUUUUCAGGGCAGAGAAGAGAAGACACUUUGUCUGGGACAUGGAUUCAUGCAGAGGGACCCAGAUCUGCAGACUUGGAGCACACAGUCAAUUUUUGUCCCUCGUCUUGUUCUUGCCUCUCAACAGCAGCUUUGUGCAGCCAGGAGCCGGUAGCCUGGGACCAGGGGACCCCCUCCAGCUCUACCUCCCACUUCCACCCGGGGCCCAGGACCCCAGGAUGCUGUCCAACAUCACUGUGUGCCCCGUCCUGGAGUACAUGAGAAAUGACACCGGCCCGGGCAACUCGAGCAACCGCUACAUCGACUACGCCUCGGUGACACUGCACGGCCUGGUGUCUCUGCUGGGCAUGGCGGAGAACGCCAUCAUCCUCUUCGUGGUGGGCUGCCACAUGCGCCAGACCGUGGUCACCACGUGGGUGCUGCACCUGGCCCUGUCCGACCUGCUGGCCACGGCCAGCCUGCCCUUCUUCACCUACUUCCUGGCCGUGGGCCACUCGUGGCAGCUGGGCACCACGUUCUGCAGGCUGCACUCGUCCAUCUUCUUCCUGAACAUGUUUGCCAGCGGCUUCCUGCUCAGCGCCAUCAGCCUGGACCGCUGUCUGCAGGUGGUGAAGCCCAUCUGGGCCCAGAACCAGCGCACGGUCGCAGGGGCCCAGAAGGUGUGCCUGGUGCUCUGGGGCCUGGCCGUGCUCAACACCAUCCCCUACUUCCUGUUCCGGGACACCAUCAAGCGGCAGGACGAGCGGGUCAUGUGCUACUACAACGUGCUGCUCUACAACCCGGGGCCAGACCCCCACGCCGCCUGCGGUCGCCGCCAGAUGGCGCUGGCGGUCAGCAAGUUCUUGGUGGCUUUCGCCAUCCCCCUGGUCAUCAUCGCCGCCUGCUACCUGGCGGUGAGCCUGCAGGUGCGGUACCGCUGCCGGCGCCGGCCCAGCCGCUUCGUGCGCCUGGUGAUGGCGGUCAUCGCGGCCUUCGUGCUCUGCUGGCUGCCCUACCACGUCUUCAGCCUGCUGGAGGUGCAGGCGCACUACGACCCCAGCCUGCGGCGGCUGGUGAAGCUGGCGCUGCCCUUCGUGACCAGCCUGGCCUUCAUCAACAGCGUCAUCAACCCCUUCCUCUACGUGCUCACCUGUCCCGACGUGCUGCGGAAGCUGCGCCGCUCCCUGCGCUGCGUGCUCGAGAGCGUGCUGGUGGAAGACAGCGAGCUGGGCGGCGGCGGCAGCGGCCGCCGGCGCCGCAGCUCCCAGGGGGCCUCAUUGUUCCGCUCCCCUUCCACCAGCAGCUCCACCGCGGGCUACCGGAGCCGCUGGGCCGCCUGCCUGCUGACCAAGAUCACCAGGCAGCCCCGGAGAACGUCGGCCUCCACCGAGCCGCAGGAAGGGAAAUGAGGCAGCAGUUCUCUGGCACCCCUACCAAACCCCAACCCCAGCGUUUCAGAGACUGAGCCCAUUUUGAAGAGGGGAAACUGAGGCUCACUGGGGGUGGGGCGGGAACAGAAUAGUACACAGAGGGGGGACCCGAGGCUCAUGGAAUCCUUAACACGGUCGAGGUUAUAGUUUAUUGAGUCAUAUUCUCCUACACAGAGCAGGGAUCCGGGACUUCCGCAGAACUGUCCCAGCCUCCCCUCCACCACAGUCUAGCUUUAUUUAAAGGCACGUGGAAAAAUGCAGCUCCUGCCCUGGGCCCAGAGCUCGGGGCUGGCAGCCACCUGCCCAAGCAGGGGCCCAGAGCUCCCCAUCCCUGCCCAGCGGCAGACAAUAAAGUAGGACGUGUCCGGGC